AAACAGCGAACAACACAACAAAUAAGCUGCAGCAGCAACAGUUAUAAUUACAAGUAUUACUAACAAGACGUUCGUUUCCGCAGCUUAGCGAACCGCAGACGCACACAAACACACACAACAAACACUCACAACAAACACACACAACACACACACUCACACAUCACUUUCAGUCACACAGUGCCAGUUUGAAAAUGUCUUCCCGCAAAACCGCCGGACGUCGGGCGACGACCAAAAAGCGCGCCCAACGCGCCACCUCGAAUGUGUUCGCUAUGUUUGAUCAGGCCCAAAUUGCCGAGUUCAAGGAGGCCUUCAAUAUGAUCGAUCAGAAUCGGGACGGUUUCGUGGAGAAGGAGGAUCUUCACGAUAUGUUGGCAUCGUUGGGUAAAAAUCCCGACGAUGAUUAUUUGGAUGGCAUGAUGAAUGAGGCACCGGGUCCAAUCAAUUUCACCAUGUUCCUCACGCUGUUCGGUGAGCGGCUGCAGGGCACCGAUCCCGAGGAUGUGAUCAAGAAUGCCUUCGGCUGUUUCGAUGAGGAGAAUAUGGGCGUAUUGCCCGAGGAUAGACUCCGCGAGCUCCUAACCACAAUGGGCGAUCGUUUCUCCGAUGAGGAUGUGGACGAGAUGUACCGUGAGGCGCCGAUCAAAAAUGGUCUCUUUGACUAUCUGGAGUUCACACGCAUUCUCAAGCAUGGUGCCAAGGACAAGGAUGAGCAAUAAGCUGCAACGAUAAAUGCUGUACUUAAUUGAGCCUUCCGUUUGCAGCCACCUGGCUAUAUAGACACAUAUAUUCCAGCUCCAUUGUCCAAACUGUCAGACGAAUCGUGUAUUUUAUAUAUAUAUAUAUAUAUUAUAUUCUUAUACUAUAUACAUUAUUAUUAUUACAUUUUUUUUGCCACCCGUUUUUUGUUCCGUUCUCUUUUGUAACCAAGAUCUGCGCAUUUAAAUUUUAAUGUUUAUGUACGAUAUUACGAAUGUGUGAACUGAUAACACGAUUUUUCCAAUUUUCCAUAAGUAUUAACUCAUUAAAUAAUACAUAUUUAUACAUAUACGAUUACAUACCUACGUACACACACACACACACAUACACACACACAGACAGACAUAGAUACACACACAUUGUUUGCUGAGUGAGUCCCAUUAAAAUGCCGUUUUUUUCUUCUAAAA